AUGCUACUAAAAUACAUCAUGACGUCGGCUCAAAAUUCCCUCACACCAGAGGCCAUUAUUGGCAUUGUUGCUCUUUUUCUCGCCUUUCCUCCGCUGGCCUUUGGCUUCUGGCGAUGGCGACGAUCAGUGCGGCGCCUUGCACCUGGCGUCGAUUCGCUGUACGCCUCUGAUGAAGCCAUGACGAGCCCACGCAAUGCGACCCACCAUCUCCCUCAACCCUACUCGCCUGUGUCCCCCGACUCAGGUGCCUCGUUGGUUGAUUACACACAUAAUCAGGGCUAUCGGCAGCAUAGAUUGAUUAUGGUCUCAAUAUAUGAAGAAAUUGCUACCGGUCGUUUCCACCAAGACGCUUGGAAGGCUCGCUGA